UAGGCCUAUUUAGUACAAUCUGAUAACAACAUCAGAUUGUCAACAAAAUAAUGUGGAUGUUCAAUCUUGAAUUAAGCAAUAACACAUUUAUCUACCAGUAGCCUAAUAAAAAAGGUAUUGAACAGGCAGUGCUAUAAUGAAUCUUCGAAUGGGAGAUUGACGAGGUUAGGGGCGUGUGUGACGCGUGUAGCUGUGGCAGACACUCGUCCACCGAGAAGAGAAGAGAAGAGAGAGAGAGAGCGUGCAGGGGAGGGAGGAGGAACUAAAAGAAAAAAGUUCAAACUAAAAAUGGCUUCCUUGUCUUUGGAGUCUGCAGAACAAUCCGAGAAUAGCACGGAGGAGUCUACCCAAGAGGCCGCUCUGGUAAAAGAGGAGACGGAUCCGGAUGAAGUUUCAGAACAAUUGCUCAAAACUUUCCAGAACUCCGCGCUCAGCUUUUCGACAGAUCAAGUAGCAUGUCUGUGCGAAGCCCUUCUACAGGCGGGCAAUGUGGAUCGCCUGUGGAGAUUCCUAUCAACCAUCCCUCCUUCGGCGGAGCUGCUACGUGGCAACGAGACGCUGCUCAAGGCCCAGGCACUGGUCGCUUUCCACCGGGAAGAAUUCAAGGAGCUGUACGCAAUAUUGGAAAGCCACGACUUCCACCCCAGCAACCAUGGGUUCCUGCAGGACCUCUACUUGCAGGCGCGCUACAAGGAGGCGGAGAGGUCCCGAGGUCGUAGCCUGGGCGCCGUGGACAAGUAUCGGCUUCGGAAGAAGUUUCCCCUGCCGAAAACAAUCUGGGAUGGAGAGGAGACUGUGUAUUGUUUCAAAGAGAAGUCUCGCAAUGCACUGAAAGAAUGUUACAAAGGCAACAGGUAUCCCACUCCAGACGAGAAGAAAAACUUGGCCAAAGUGACUGGACUCUCCCUCACGCAAGUUAGCAAUUGGUUCAAGAACCGACGGCAGAGAGACCGAACCCCGUCCGGUACCAACAGCAAAAGUGAGUCCGAUGGUAACCACAGCACAGAUGAUGAGGGUGAUGACAUCUCAGACAAACCAGAGGACAUUGUGGGCUCCACAGCCUCCAUCUCCCUCUCUGGCACCCCCUGCAGCACUGGAGGCCAGCUCUUCCUCAACGGGGCAGGUGGGUUCCUCACCGCCUCCCACCCCUUACUCAUCAACGGUGGCUCCUUGAUCUCCGGGGCAGGGGGUGGCGUCAUCAUCAACGGGCUGACCCUGAGCGAUGGUCACACGGUUACCCUCAGCCCCAUAUCGGCUAACUCACCUCUGCUCUUCAAUGGAGCGCAGGUCAUAUCCAAGAGCAGUGAGGAUAUGGGUCUUGAGGGCCAGGGGGUUAUGGCCAUGGAGGCCCAGCCCAGCUCUGCCAUCUCCCUCCCUCUGACAGAGGAUCUUAAGACGGACAAUGUAAGCCUGACGAACCCCUCAACCAUCCCCACCCUGGACUUCAUCAAUGUCCCAGAGGGGAUGGUUCUCAAAGCUGAGGACAUCCAGACAGUCUCUGCUUCCUCCUUGUCUUCCCCCUCAACAUUCUCCCCCACCUCCCUUUCCUCCCUGGUUCUGACUCAAAAUGGCUGCCUCUCCGACACCCUCACCCUUCCGGUCUCUAUGUCCUCUCCGGGCGUCGUCAUCUCCAGCCCUGUAGUGGGCCUCCCCAGCCAGCAGGGGGAGUUUGUGGUGUUUGCCACGGCUGGUUCUCAGCUCACCCCCUCCAGCUCCAUCUGCCAGGUGGUGUCCUCCUACAGCUACUCCACCCCACAGGUAUUCUCCCUGCCUCAGGUGGUGCCCUCCAUCCAGGGUGUCCCCGUAUCCCAACUGGUCCAACACACACCUGGAGGCCAGGUGUCCCAGUGUCCCCAGUUAAUCCCUGUGUCCCCCCUCACCUCCUCUCUCCCCCAGGGCACCCUUUCCCAGUUCCAGGCCCACCAGACUCUGAACAUCGCCCCCCGCCUCGCCCAACCCCUCCCCCAGCAUCAUAGUAGUUCCUCUACGUUGGGAGAGGGAACCACCAUCCUCUCCCUUUCCCAGCUCCCCAACGGACAGCUCCCCCAGGGACUCACACUCCAGCUGGGUGAACAGACCUCAGCUACCAUCCCCACUCUGACCCAGAUCCAGUCCCCACUAGGCCAUCCUCAGAUCAUCUCUCAGUCCAAAGAGACAAUCCCAGGCCAGUUGGUUCCCCUCUCCCUGCCCCAGCUGGUGCCUGUCUCCUCCACGGGACAACUCUCCUUCCCUCAGGUGGGCCCGUCCACCCCUUCUCUAUCUGGAUCUGGUGGAGCCUUUCAGAUCCUAACCUCGGCCCCUGGAGGUGGGAUGACUCAGGGGCCCUUCAGGAUAAACCAGCUGGGACCCCUCCAGACUGUAGGCCCCCCGACCAGCAUGGCUCCUGGUGUCCAGCUCCUCAACUCUGGGGUCAUUCAGCUCCCCUCCGCCUCGCCAGGGAAUCUCCUCUAUGGUGGAAGCCCCAUCCUGAGUUACCAGAACGGCAAGCUGAUCCUAACUAUCCCAGCUGGCAUCCAGUUCGGCAGCCUGCCCAUGAAACCCGUCCCUGAGGCUUCUAACCACCACACCAACGGAGUAGGCCCUGGACUCACCCUCAACCCUGUCAGCCAACCUACACCUACCCUCCUCCCAGUGUCCACCUCCGUCCCAACGUCCAACACCCUCCAGACGUCCCCCCUCUGCUUCAUCAACUCCUCUCCGCUCUACUGCACUCCUGAGAUGGGUGUCCCCACCAACCAGCCCCUCUCCACCACCUCCCCACACACCCUGGACCUCUCUGCCACCCACACUCCUCCCAAUGCCCUCACCCCAGAGAGCAUGCUCUCCCUCAGCCCCAUGUGCAGCGGAGUGACCCCCACCACUCAGCUCUCCCACACAACCUGGAGCCCUGUCCCCCUCUCCACCUCUGCCAGCCUGACUAUGUUUGAUGUCCGUGGGAAGGGAGAUCUGCCCGAGGACCCGCCUCUGCUGGACCUACCUGGAGGCGAGGCCCUGCUACUAGGCAGCACCUCUCCAGAACAGGAUGUGGACAGGGGGUCGCCGUUGGGGGACCCAGUGGAGAUGGAUGGAGACCCCAAGAUCCUCACCCAGCUACAAUCAGUCCCUGUGGAUGAUGGGUUGGGGCUGUAAUCCAGUCCCCCAGCCCACACCACCACAAACUGUUACAGAACAAUCUGGAAGGUUUUGUUUGUCUGACCUCAGUGCUCCCCUGGCUAGGUUUGCAUUGAGGAGUGGACAGGCUUUGACUCGUAAGAGAAAGGUGCUUUGACUAAAUAAAUCCUCUGCCGAUGAUCCUUUGGAUAAACCGUCAUGGGAUAGGCUGAUUGUAUGCAACGCGGAAUGACCCGGAGGAUGGCCUUUCAUACAGGCUAGCCUAUUCCCUGAUUUGUGUUACUCAACUGUCCACUGCUUAGUCUCCACAAUUUAAGCACUCCUCUGCCUUCCAUAAGCCCAGAGCCCUUCCUGUGUCCAGUCAGAGCACAACGUUUAUUUGUAAGGACAUUCUGCUACUUUUGUGCACAGACGUCCGUUUCAGCCAAGACUAUUUGUACUACAAGGGAAUGAAUGCCUUGGGUUUUAUAUGUGGUGUUGGUUGAGCAGUAUGCCACGGCCAGGCUCUGUCUUAAGUCUCUAAACACAGUCAAAUGCAGUCCUGUUGAGUUGCUGGUUCUGCAUGGCUGCUCACUCUAGUGCUUGGUGUAGUUUUGAGUGCUGCCGAGUAUUGCACGGUUUGGCCUCGGUGAAGGCUACAGAGUGGACUGACAGUGACACCAGAGACCCCGGACUUCUAGCAUUGAGAUGGACUGUGUACCCCUCUCUGUCAAAACUGGUCAGCAGUGUCACCGCAUCAAGGGCGCCGGCUCAUUUAACGACAUUUUGGUAUAAAUGCUAAGCGCUAUCGCAUCUGAGGUAUGUAGGAGGAAAUGGGAGUCCCCUGAGAUUUCUUUGUUCGUUUUUUGUUUUUUUUACUCUAUGCAAUCAAUGCAUGUUCCUCGUGUAAAUAUGACCAUGUGACACAUGACAUGUAUUACAAGCAGUAUGUAAGCAAGUCUAAUUGGGAUAGACGAAGCUUUUAUUAAAGACCGCCUUUUUUUUAUACACUAUGAAAUCUCAUGCGCGUGCACUACAAAACGCCUGAUCACAUUGUUGGAUAUUUCCAGUUGAAUGCGCCACAAUCGUACACUACAUUGUAUAUUGCGUCUAUGAAUGACAAAAAAAAAAAAUUGUGUUCUUAUAUUACUUGUAUGGGUUUGAUCUAGACCUAGUAAGUGCCUUAUUAUCCAGUUGCUGAGGUUGGCGGGCCAGUUUUCUUGCCUUUUAUCUUCAGUGAAGAAUGUGUUCUACUCUUCACAAAAUGUAAGCACCAUUGAUACAAGCUACUUCCCACAUUGGUGUUGAAUGUGAGUUUUGUGAUCACCCUUAACCCUCUUGAACUCCAGAGAAACGUAAUCUAGUACUCCGUUGCGCGGCAGUUGCUCGUUUAGCGUGACUUAACGCCUACCAUGACAUAAUAACCAUUGAGAUCUCCCUCCUCACUGUACGUUUUGCACAUUUUCAUCCUUGUCAUGUUUUACGUCUUUGGCGAUGGCCAAAUUCUAUUCUGAAAACCUGCUGCCUUUGCUCUGUACUUGACUAAUUGCGCUCACUGUUCUGAAAGGGGACGGGAUAGGUCGAAUGAGCUGGUUAAGUUUCAGGCAGCCUCUGUCUAUCCUGAUAUCAGCAACAGUGAGUCAUGAAGCCCUGAGAGCAGGCGACAGGACUCCUAGAAUGGAAUGCUAUCCAGCGAGACGUGGUGCAGAAGUGGUGCAGAAGUUCUCGCCAUAAACUUUCAAAUACUCACCAUCUCUCCAUAACCACAGCACAAAUAGCAAUUAGUUCUCUGGCCAACGGUACAACACUACUCUUCAGUGUCACUCCCAACUGUAUGUUUUUGUUUCUUGUGUAUUUAAAGCAUGUAUCAAUCAUUUUCUAGUAGUAGCUUUGAAUGAAAAAAACGAGCCGUCCAUGAGGAAAUUGGACAAAGUUUAAAAGCAUCAAUGGACCUUCCCAGGGGCUGGCUGGUUGUACAGUCUCAAUGUGUACAGUCGUGGCCAAAAGUUGAGAGAAUGACACGCAUAUUAAUUUUCACCAGGUUUGCUGCUUCAGUGUCUUUUAGAUAUUUUUGUCAGAUGUUACUAUGGAAUACUGAAGUAUAAUUACAAGCAUUUCAUAAGUGUCAAAGGCUUUUAUUGACAAUUACAUGCAGUUGAUGCAAA